UCACAUCCCUCCCCUUCCUUUAUCCACCCCAUCCAAAUCCCCCGAUUCCUCCAACCCUCCCAGACCGCAAUGGCCGCCGCCGCCGCCGCCGAGCCCUCCUCCGCCGACAGCCGCCGCUACGUCGUCGGCUACGCGCUCGCGCCCAAGAAGCAGAACAGCUUCAUCAAGCCCUCGCUCAUCUCCCGCGCGGCGGCGCGCGGCGUGGACCUCGUCCCCGUCGACAACGCGCGGCCCCUCGCGGACCAGGGCCCCUUCGACCUCGUCAUCCACAAGCUCUACGGCCACGACUGGCGCGCCCAGCUCCAGGCCUUCUCCGCCCGCUACCCCUCCGUCCCCGUUAUCGACCCGCCCCACGCCAUCGACCGCCUCCACAACCGCAUCUCCAUGCUCCAGGUCGUCUCUGAGCUCGACGUCCCGCUCACCGACGCCGCCUCCGCCUCCGCUGACGGCGAAGGCCACCGCCACACCUUCGGCAUCCCCAGCCAGGUCGUCGUCUACGACGCCGCCGCGCUCGCCGACUCGGGCCUCCUCGCCGCGCUCCGCUUCCCGCUCAUCGCCAAGCCCCUCGUCGCCGACGGCAGCGCCAAGUCGCACAAGAUGUCCCUCGUCUACCACCGAGAGGGGCUCCGCAAGCUCCGCCCGCCGCUCGUCCUGCAGGAGUUCGUCAACCACGGGGGCGUCAUCUUCAAGGUUUACGUCGUCGGCGGCCACGUCACCUGCGUCAAGCGCCGCAGCCUACCGGACGUCUCCAAGGAGAUCCUCGAGGACGCCGCCUCCGAGGGCACCAUCUCCUUCUCGCAGGUAUCCAAUCUCCCCAAUCAGCGCACGGCCGAGGAGUACUACGAGGACAUGCGGCUCGAGGACGCCGUCAUGCCGCCCACUGAUUUCGUCAACGAGAUCGCAGGCGGGCUCCGCCGUGCCCUGGGCCUGCAGCUCUUCAACUUCGACAUGAUCCGGGAUGUUCGUGCCGGGGACCGGUAUCUCGUCAUUGACAUCAACUACUUCCCCGGUUACGCGAAGAUGCCCGGCUACGAGAUUGUCCUUACUGAUUUCUUCUGGGAUAUGGUUCACAAGGACGACGUGGCCCUCAAGGAGGAGGAGGAGCAGAGCAAUCAUGCUGUUGUGAAAUGAGAUGGAUUUGCUCGGCAUAGCUUGCUCGCAAACCUGCAAUUCUUUCAUGUCUGGGGGAAAUGUGAGGUGGCAGGAUGGUUACAAGACUCGAGGGGAAUAACAAGCAACCAAUUAGGAUGGGGAGAUGGGGAUUAACAGGUUCUGGAUUUACUUGGGUUUCAACCAGCCGCAAGCGGAGGACCUGCAAUGUAAAUCCUCUCUCCUUGCUCCUGUCAUACCGGUUGUUUAGGUAUCUUUCUGUUCUUCGUAAUUUGCUUCACCCAGUUUAGUUAGAACAAAAGUGGGGGAACGGAAGCCAAGUUCUGAAGAAGGUAUAUUUGUUCUGGAUGUGCAAAUCUUUUGUUCUUGAUGAGUACUGGAUGAAUGGCAACCAAACCUUAGUGGUACUAAAUGAUGAAUAUGUUUCCAAUGAUACUGGAGGUCUGAGUUUUAUCACCUCCUCGAAAGAAAGGGGUUAUGCAAUUCUCUGAACUUUUAGCAUUUGAAAUGCAAACUUGAGUCAGCUCUGUCUGUGGCACUAGUUCUAUCAUCCAAAACUGAAUUUUACAUCUUUGAUCAGAGUUAAAUAUGUACAUGUA